ACCUUCUCUUGCAUUCUACACCAGGCACCACCAUUGCUGUGGGUUUCAUCUGCAUUGCUCCGAUGGCUUCUCAAAGAGUUCAGAGUCUUGUUUUCUUCGUGUUAUUAGGUCUAGGCAUAUGCUCUGCAGCAAGAACACUCCUGACUUAUGAAACGUACCCUGCUAUCGGCCAUGGUGGAGGGGGUGGAUCCGGGUAUGGAGGUGGUGGUGCUGGAGGUGCUGGUGGUGGCGGAGGAGGUGCAGGCAGUGGAGGUGGUUAUGGCGCUGUAGGUGAACAUGGUGCUGCUGGCUAUGGAGGCGGUAGUGGUGGUGGAGAAGGCGGUGGUGCUGCGUAUGGAGGAGCUGGUGGACAUGCUGGUGGUGGAGGAGGUGGCGGUGGAAGUGGCGGUGGCGGUGCAUAUGGCACUGGAGGGGCUUAUGGUGCUGGCGGUGCUGAAGGUUAUGGAAGCGGUGGUGGUCAAGGAGGAGGUGCCGGGUAUGGUGGAGCUGGUGGAGCUGGUGGAGGCGGUGGUGGUUCUGGUGGUGGCGGCGGAGCUGCAUAUGGAGGAGAGCACGGCAUUGGUUAUGGAGGUGGAGAAGGUGGUGGUGCCGGUGGAGGCUAUGGUGCUGGCGGUGAGCAUGGUGCCGGAUAUGGAGGUGGUGGGGGUCACGGUGGUGGCGGAGGUUACGGUGCUGGAGGAGCAAGUGGAGGUGGAUAUGGAGGUGGCGGAGGAGCUGGAGGUGGAGCCGGAGGAGCUGCCGGUGGGUAUGCUGGUGGUGGGGGCGGAGGCGCUGGAAGCGGUGGUGGUGGUGGUGCACAUGGAGGUGCAUAUGGAGGAGGUGGCGGGAGCGGUGAGGGUGGUGGUCAUGGUGGUUAUAUUCCUUGAAUUGAUUGCCUUUACUUUCAUUGUCACAACCAAAAUUUACCUCUUCUUACCUGUAUUAGUAUUAAGGAAGGGAAAAAAAACAUGGAGCAACAAUAAGAGUACAUGUGGCUAAGAAGAUAAUCAUUAUUAUUAUUAUUAUUUGAAAGUAUUUAUGAAUCCCAGUUGUAUGCUUCCAAAGGUUGUAUCUACCUAUUGAUGAUUAAUGGAGUCUUGUUCUUCUUAAUUUA